AUGGGCACUGCCGCAGGUUGGAAGGGAAAGGGUGGGAGCACGUUCUUUGGGGCUGACAGAAUCAGGCUGAAAAGUACCCAGGAGAGAAGAGGUCUAUACGCGAAGCAGCUAGCAUCAGAGCAUCUACUAGUGCCAUCGCCGCCCGAAACACCCAUUUUCCUUACCCCUCCCAAGCCCGGCAUGGUCCAGGACAAGCUCCACUCGUCUAGAGGCCUCCGUGUGCCCACCAGCUCUUCCUCGUCAUCUUCCUCAUCGUCAUACGGCACCUCCCCUUCUUCAUAUUCGAGCUCCCCAACCCGGGUUUGCUAUGAUGCCCGAAGUCUAUUCGGAUAUGACGAGAAUGACGAAUCACUCCCUCCGCUCUUGCCCAAUCGUUCUGCCAGCUCCAUACCCGGAAUGAGGCCUAUUCCAUGGGGGCGCUCCAGUCCUUUGCCUUCACCAAGAGUAUCACCCGCAGCGCCUACAACGCCUACUGGCCGAAAACAAAGCAGUCCGCUCGCGAUACUCCCUAGUUUCCCAGAGAAUGGGUCCACCCAAGCUCUUCCCCGUCAGUUGAGAUAG